UGAUUUCUAGUGUUUUGGUAAAGUUAGUGUGUGCAGAGAAAGAUGUGUUCUGAUGUUUAUUUGUCGUUUCGGUGAGAUGGUCACGUUUUGCCUGGAAUUGGCUGGAAAGACUUCUCACGUGCUACCAUGAUAAUCGUUUCCAGGUUUUUUCAGUCAUCAUUGAGCGAAUCGAUAGCAAUCCGUGUAAACCAACAUCAAUCUGAUAUAGCCUAUUUUAGAUUGUGAUCAUUUCGAAGAAUCGGCUAAUUAUAUGUUCAGCUCAGUGUCUUUAGGGAGUGCGUACCUAUUAAGAAACGAGGUGUGGUUGAAAAUUAUGAAAACAAGAACGCAAAUCCAGAUCAAACCCAUACGCCUGAUAGCGGCAGCGUGCAGUGACAUGGGUAUAGGAAAAGACGGACAUCUUCCGUGGGAUUUACCGAAAGAAUUUCAGUUUUUGUUGGACACAAUUUCAACUGUUUCUACACCAGGGAAGAAGAAUAUGUUGAUUUGGGGUAGAGUAUGCUGGUUCUCCUGCCCAGAGAAAGUGUUCCCUAUUCCCAACACCAUUCACGUGGUACUGAGCAGAGUACUGAGCUCUGUGCCAGAGGGAGCACACUACCUGUGCCGUGACUUCGGCAGCGCCAUGCAGCUGGCCUCGCAGGGCACCGUGGCUGAUCUGGUGGAGACCAUCUGGAUCCUGGGAGGACCCUCUGUUUACAGGGAGGCCAUGGAGCACCCCUGGUGUGACUUGAUCUACCUCACAGACAUCAUGGCUGAGUUUGACUGUGAUGUUUUUUUCCCCGAUUUUGACCGCAAUGUGUAUAGGAAACAAGACAGAUUUCCUGGCGUGCCACAUGAAAUUCAAGAGGAGAAUGGUGUGAAGUUUCAGUUCCAAGUUUUCAAGAAGACCUGACCUGUAAGAUGGAGGACAGUGGACCACCUAAUAAAAACUGGACGUGAUGUAUGAUAUCCUACAUUUACCCACCACACAGGCCACCCUGUGGGACUAUAAACCUGGACCCUAAUGAAAUCCCAAAUGAAAUGAAACAUCACAAAUGUUUUUACUGCCUUUGUACAUGAAUAUCUUUAUAAAUGUAUGAUCGAAGUAAAGAUUUGAUAGUAAUUCCAAAAGAAACCUGCACCUGUACACACAGAGAAAGCAAAGGCAUCAGUCAGUUGUCUCAUUAUUCAGCAGCAGCAGCACCAAUGCUGGUGAUUACAUAGCACGACAGAAUAAGCUGGGCACGACCAUAGCAAGGCCACCGCACUCAGUCAUCAGAGUUUCCCCUUCUGUACUGUCACCGCGGCUGAGGACCACUGACAGCGUGGGGACAGCGUGAGCCGGCGGCCAGCCAGCAUGCGUAAGAUUCUCGCGGGUGCUGCGGAGGCAAUCGGCAGAUGGAUGGUGCGGUGCGAAGGCAGCACCUCAUGUCUCAUGUGCCUCCCUAUCCUGGUCUGCCAUGUCCCUUCUCCGUCGGACGCCAUCGUUGGUUGAGUCACACAGGCUACUGUAGCGAGUAAGCGCUGGGCGCCGUGACUCAUGCUGGGAGAAGGGAGGCGUAGGGGGGUGGUCUGUUUUCCCACACGGCAGAUGCCGCUCCUGUUUCUGCCAGGCCAUGGGAACACUGAGUCAAUCAGAGGCUAACAGGCUUGCCAGAGGACAAGAGCUGUACACUAAUAAGGCAGGAUAGUCUGUGUCCUAGAAUGAUGAUCAAAGAGGAAGGCCUUCUCAAGUUCAUCCUGUAGGGCUUGUGUUGGUCCACUAGGGGGAGUGGGAGGGUAAGACUUCCUCUGUAAAAGUAGCCAGAGGUUGGGUGAAAGUGUCAUUAGAAAAGCAUAUUUCACACAAGAGUGAAUUUGAGCUAAGAAUAGCAUGGAGAAGCAUGAGUCUACUGAAAUUCAUGAAGGACUUAAGAUCAUGUAAAGGCAUAGUCUUCUCCUCACUCCUUUUGUUGUUUUUGUGUGAGGAUAACUACACACACAUUUAUCCCAGUGCUCUGUAGGUUGUAUCCUAGGGAAAAUUAUAAAAUAAUAAUAAACCUGUUUUGGUGAAUUGAAUCAAACAUUACAAAAGGACAGGGCUUAAUGUUUUACCAUCCUGCCCCAGUUGCUGAAUGUGAUGUCAAGACCUUUCUGCUUGAUUGAAUUCUCCUUUGUGCGUCCCAAAUCGGCAACAUUAUUUUAUUAAAUAAAGAAAUAAACAAACAAUCUCUCACCCCCAAGCCAUUUUUCCAUUCCAUGCUCCGUAUGAUCUCUGGGCAUGGGGUAUUAAUGGCCUCAUCUGCCCUCCUCCUGGUGUCGCAGCUGGACUUUAAAGCCUUUGAUUGCAUGUCAUCUAUUUUCCUACAUUCCCUGAGUUAUGUCCCAUAACACCAGCAUGUAGCGCAGGCUAAUAAUACCCAGUGUCACAUUUCAAAUAAAACAGCCCUAUUUAUAUCCCUUCUCAUUAACCUGCACCGCGUUGGGGUAUAACUCACACUGCUUUCAUCAGCCAGCUGCAGGUGUGGGGGACGUCACCGGGACACUUAUCCUGAUCCGUCCGCCCCACCAGACCCCGUCACACGCUGCCCAGUCACUGCCCAUCACCUCCACACAACCAGGCAGAGCAGGCGAAAGAGUUGAAGACAGAAGUAGCAGAGAGGAGGCCACCAGCUACACAGUUCUGCGCCAAACACGCUGAUUCUAUAGAGCCUCAUGGACAACUGCCCAAGCGUGGGGGUCACUGUUUUGAGUGUAGGCACCUAAGUACAAAGUAAUCAGCGUUUUGUAAGGAGUUGGCCAAGGUCCUCUAAAAGCUGUCCAUAACAAUAGCGAGUACCUGUCAAGCAGACAUGUGGACUCGAGUCACAUGACUUGGACUCGAGUCAGAUUCGAGUCAUGAUUUUAAUGACUUCAGACUCGACUUGAUAAAAUUCGGCAUGACUUGCGACUCUCAUUGUGAUUAAAGGUAACAUACUGUAGCCUAACUGACAUCCACUCAAGCACUGCUUUCAGGCAU